CAUCGCGCACAACCAUCGCCUCACGCUUCUUUCAUUCUCAAUAUCCCCGUCUUUCCGUUCGCAACCAACCCAAUUUUGUUACUUCCUUCAUCUGAUUCAUCUUGACUGGCUAGUCUUCUCUGAUCCUCUCGAAAGAGAGCUAUUUGAGAGCUUGUAAAGCUUGGGUUUCGUGCGGAGGUCGCCUGUCAUCCACGGCGCGCGGCAGAAAUGUCCACCCCGAAUGAUCUCCAGGCCCUGCUGGCCAGCAUUCGCCCGCGGCCUUCGCCAUCGAAUGUUCCUGGUCAGGAGAACUCUCACUACCAGCGGGCCCAGCAGCCUUACCAGCAGCCCUACCCUCAGGGCAUGUUCCCUCCUCACCCCCAGCAACACCAGCAGCAGCAGCCAUACGAUGGCCAGAGCUUCCCCCAUCCCCAGCUGCACGGUUAUCACCAUCCUUCGGUCGCUUCGGCCAUUCAUAGCCCUUCCCCUGUGAAUACCCCGCCGCACCAUGGCUCGGACAUCCUCAGUCCCAACGUGCCGACCCCCCGUGCCGAGUGGCAGCAGCAGCCAUACGCGCCGCCGCCGCCUCGCCAGCAAAGCAACCAGGAUAGUGCUGCAAGCCUGCUCAAUCUCUUGAGAUUCAGCCAGGGUCCGGGCACCGUUCCCCAGCCAGCCCCUCCCGUUGUCCCCGAGCAGCCCCGUUCUCCUCCCGUCCAGGAGCCGACCCCGUCGCACGGACGAAACAUUUCCGCGUCGGACUUGGUGGCUUCUCUUUUCGGCCAGAAGGCGAUCCCUAGCGAACCCUCGCCAGUUCCUGCUGUUGCACCGGCGCCAGUGCCCACUGCUCAGCCUGAGGGUCCCAGUGAAAACACCCAAGACAUGCUGCUCCGUCUGCUCAACCGGGCCCAGCCUGUCCCAGCUGUAGUAGAGGCGCCUGCUUUGGUUCCCACUGCUCAGCCAACCCCUCCCCAGCAAGCUCCCAGUGGGCCUGCACCUGAGCAGGGCAACAACGGCAUUGUCAUGGAAGUACUGGAUACCGAUCCUGAGGAGGCUGCGAUUCCGGAAACGGUUGCAUCUCCCUCCAAGGACUCCAUGUUCACCUAUGUCAAUCCGUUCGACCAAUUGGCUGCCAUCUCUCCUCGUAACAAGUCUCCGCAGCCCAAGUCUGAUAACGAGACUCCAAUUGUGGAAGUUACUAAGAAGGAGAAGGUCAAUGUCACUGCUACUAUUGAACCUCCUACUGCUUCUCAAGUGGCACGGCCUCCGAAGCGGAACCAGUCCCCUGUGCUGGAACCUGAACAGCGCGAGGCUAUGAAUGAUGUCGUCAGCCGUCUCGUGAGCGAGAUUGGACGCACCAUUAACGGACCUGAUUCCGCUCAGCGUGAGGUUGAGUUGAACAUUGAUGUUCCCGCCACCAAAUCUGAGGAGCCCGAAGAGCUUCUCGAGGUGAUCCGCAACCACAUGCGGGAGACGAUUACUAGAGUUGAAGAUGUUCGCGCCGAAGUUGAGAACCAAGACAAGCAGCCUGAAACGGAUAGCGAGCCUGUCAAGGAGACUGUUACUGAUAGCAUCCCUACCCCUGUUGUCCCGAGCGGCAAUGAAAAUGCCGAGGCUCUGGCUGACAGCUGGGAGAGCGCUGAAGAUAGCGCGGAGAAGGACGAGGAACGUGUGGUAUUUGUUCACAACUUCCCUCUGCGACCUUUCAUCUCCAUCACCGUGAAGCCAUCUGCUGCUAAGCUCGUGGAUUUCCGUGACGAUGGCAUCAUGGACAUUGCCCGUCUCAAGAAGGAGUUUGAUCAGCUGGAUCGUUCGCUCACCGCAGCGACCUCGGACUACAUUGUAUAUGCUCUUGCCAAGACUGGCGGUAUCAGAAUCAUUCGUCAGGACGAUGGAAGUGACCGACAGGUCUUCCGUGCUACCCGUGACCGUGUAUUUAAUGUUGCCCUUUGCACCACUCACGCCACGACUGGCCAGUCCGACGUUCAGGCCAUCCUUGGCAUUGGUGUCAGCGGUGCCGUCUACUGGGCUUUGAUUUCUCGCGCCGGAAAGGAUCUGUUCGAGCUGGAUGCUCUGGAAAGCGAAAGCUUGAUUUUCCCGCCCUUCCCUGCCUCUGAUGAGAACACUUCUGGCGGCCAGCUGAAAACGCGGGCCAAGCGAAGCUCUCGUCACCCCGAUCUCUUUGCUAUUGGUCGCGGCAAGAACAUCUACGUGAUCUCUCCCCAGGCCGCUAUGUCUGCCACCUACGGUGUCGUUGGUUCUCAGCGCACCGUCAACACCGAGAAGUUCUUCAAGGAGCGUGCAUUGAAGAUCUCGACUGGGAAGGCUGGAAAGGACUUUGCCUUCAGUGAUGAUGAUACCGUUAUUGCCUCCCUCGACAAGACCGGUCGUUUGCGUUUCUGGGAUAUCAGUGAUAUCCUGGAUAACCCCUCUUUCCUCGAAGGUCAGGCCCCCACGGAAGUUCGGGUGCCUCUCAACACUUUUGUCACCGGCUCGCCGGCUGAGAAGUCUUGGCCUACCUCGGUGCUGUUCCUCGACAAGCUUCGCCCCUACUCGCGCGCCAUGGCGCUACGCUACGUUCUGGUCGGCCUCAAGCAGAACCACACCUUGCAGCUCUGGGACAUUGGGCUAGGCAAGGCCGUGGAGGAGGUCAAGUUCCCCCACGAGAAUGAGUCGGACGCCAUCUGCAGCGUCGCGUACCACCCUGCAUCGGGCAUUGUUGUUGUUGGCCACCCCACGCGCAACUCGAUUUACUUCGUUCACCUGUCUGCACCCCGCUAUAACCUGCCGGUUAUGUCCCAGGCGGCGUUCAUCAAGGCUGCUACCGACAAGGACAGCACUCUCCCCAAGCCCGAUUCGACUGCUUGCCUGAGCGGAAUCCGGGAGAUCUCUCUUGGUUCCAAGGGUCAACUGCGAAGCCUGGAGCUUCUGCCUAUUACCAAGUCUGCCGCCGAUAAGCGUGGCACUGAGGAGACUGGUUUGUUCGAGUUGUACGUUAUGCAUUCGCGUGGUGUUACCUGCCUGAACAUCAAGAAGGAGGAUCUGGGAUGGACUGAGGACAACAAGGUCUCCCGAGCCAUUGAUGGGUUGGAGGCCGGUUCUAUUGAGAUCGCUGAUCUGCAGACCUUCCCUGCCUAUGUCACUGAUGAGCCCUCUGUUAAUGGUGACACUGCAUCCACUCCGUCCCGCUCUGCCAAGGAGGCCACCGUCAAGAAGACGGAUACCGUUGAUUCGACUGCUGGUGUUGUCCCAUCGCGUAACGCGUCGCCUAUUAAGGCUGCUGGCAAGAAGAAGGUUGCUGAGGAGGCCGCCAAGGAUCAGACCGAGGCGUCAGGCAGCGCUGAGAAGUCCGACAAAAAGAAGAAGAAGAAGGCACCUGCCGUCACUUCUGAGACGAAUGUGAAGGCUAAGGAGCCCACUGCCACAGUUGGUGUUGAGCCUCUUCCUGCUUCCAAGGACAACGAGUUCCUUCCCUCCGCAACUCCCACCAUGACUGCAACCGACGCUACUGAGCGUGCAAUCCCGGCUGGCUUCGCCACUGGCCAGGCCCACCCCCGCCUCACCGACGAGGAUCUGAACAAGCACCUGGAGAAUCUUCAGAGCAGCGUCUCCAAUGAAUUCAACAAAAGCCUUGGCCGCGAGUUUGAGUCGCUCUACCGUCGCUUCGAUGAGGACCGCCGCAGCUGGGAUGCUGCCUCGUCCGCGAAACAAGACCAAGUGCUCCGCCUCGUCUCCAGCACGUUGUCGGACAAUGUGGAGAAGAAUUUGGCCCGCAUCGUGUCGACCAGUAUCCAGACCGAUGUCGUUCCCGCCAUCGGCGAUGCCACCUCUGCCGCUGUUGGCGAGCAAAUCGGUGCCGCCGUCUCUCAGCAGCUUGGCGGUGCACUCAGUGACGAGCUCCGUCAGGCCCUGCCCAAGGCUGUCAACGCUGCCCUGCAGCAGCCUGCUGUGAUGAAGACCAUCUCGGACUCUGUCUUCCAGAAAUUGUCGCCGCGCCUUGAUGUUGUCGUCCAGGGUGCCAUCGCGCCUUUGGUGGAGAAUGCGUCUCGCAGCGCUCAGAAGGUUGAGGCUGACCUUGACCGGCUGUUCCGCUCGCAGGCGAAGCACUACGAGGCUCAGCGCCAGAGCGAUCAUGCGAAGAUUGACCAGCUGUCCGCUGCCUUGCAGGAACUCUCAGGCAAGGUUGCGACUCUGCUUGGUCAACAGGCACCUGCCCAGCCCUCGGGUGAUCCUGAAAUGAACGCCAUCAUGCAGCUGUUCUUCGAGGAAGGUAAAUACGAAGCAGCUACUCUGAAGUGGAUCGAAUCCAGCCGCCAGGCCGACCUUUUCGACCUCCUCUUCAACCGUAUUGACCCGGACUAUAUGCUCAACCUGAAUGUGAUGCUCAACCUCUCGGUCGCCGUGGCUGUAACCGUCUCCCUGAACACCAACAUCAGCAAGCGCCUCAAGUGGCUGGAGACCGUUCUCACCAUGGUUGAUCCCGAAUCUCGCCAGAACGCCAACAUGCGCGUAUCUCUCAUAUUGAACGAGGACCUGCGCCAAGUUGUUCCCAUCACCAUGAACAAGCUCGGCCAGCGCCUGCACGGCUUCUACCUCACUGCUACGCAGGAGACCAACCAACUAAACAAGGCAAGCCCGGCGCUUAUUGACUGGGUUGUCCGAAUGAUUCAGUUCACGCGCAAGAUUCACGGUGACUACACUGCACCCAUUUAGUGAACGAGUGCUAUUUACAGCCGUCUCACUAUUACGUUUUCUCACACACACCACCGGAGUCAACUUUGCCUUUCUGCAUGAUGUGCUACGAUAUCGGAUGCAUGAAACAUAACAAACUAUGCAUGGAACGAACGGAGAUGAUACGCCCGGAGGAAUGUGGACACGGGCAUGAACAUGAAUGUGAAUUGCGGCAAUGACAUGCAAUAUGAUCUCACUAGUGCAUAAUCUAAUUGGGAACUCGACCUCAAACUUGCUGUCGAGCCUCCCGACGAUGAGCUCUUCAUGUUAAUGGAUAAUUCUUCGCGAACUGAUUGAGCAUGUUUUUUUCUUGUCUUUCUGAUGUGCAAUAGUGGCGGACGUGGGUUCUGGAGGCUCUUCUCACGAGUUUCCGGAUUCUUUCUUAUCUGCCAAUCUUGUUUUUUAUUUUUAUUUUUGUGUUUCUCAUAUCCUUUUACCUCUGGUAGUGAUACCAGUAUCAAUGCAUGGCGUUCGGUUCAUCAUGAACCUUCAUUGAAUCAAUAUUUGCGCUCUGGUCGAGCACAGUGUGUCCUGCUUGAAUGUACGCUGAGGAUAUCUUCUUGCUGUCCCCAAAGUGACGGUUCACAUGAUUUACACGAUUUUGAUCCUCUUGUGCCAUAUUCUUUCAACCCUUCAACUACCU